AAUUCGCCUCGCACGGUCGGAAUUGUCGCCGCGGAAAAUGUGGAUAUACGAAAAGUAGCGAAAACAGCGCGUUGCUUCAGUCGAAAAAUAUAGGAAAUCGUCGGGAAUCAGGCAGCAAAUGAUACCUGCGUCUUACGAAUUCUGACAUAGUUUUACGAUCGUCGCGCAAGCAAACACACCGUCAAUACAAAAACGCCGUUUUUCCCGUCGCGUUCCAGUGCUCCCCAUCGUGUGUGUCCCGUGUUUUCAGUGUACGACUACUGAAGAGGCCCAAGGAAUAGUAUUGCGGCCUCGGCGGCAGAUUGUGAUUGAGCUGGGACCAGCAGCCCGCCCGCAGAUUAACCGCCUGGAAAUGGCCCAGUAGAAAUGUUUUUGUGUGCAGUGCGUCCAGUGCCAUCCGCAGCCGCAUCCGCAUCAGCAAGUGCAUGAAUAAUCGCGAGUAACCAAACGCAUACCAAGUCUCUUCUUCCUGCUCCCGCGCGGAGUCCUCCUCCUCUUCUUCUUCUCCUGUCCGGCUGUCUGGCCAAAAGCCCCCCAAGCCGCCAAGAUUAAGUUCUCAAAGCAGCACGCCCACCACGCGUACCGCCACACGGACAACAUCUACGACGGCGGCACGGACACGGACGACGACGAAUGUCCGCUGGAGGCGACCGCCAUGAAUCCCUACGAGUAUGAGUCGACUCUAGACUGCCGCGACGCGGGCGGCGGCCCCGCCCCGGCUCACGCCCACCCACACGCCCAAGGACGCACGCUCCCCAUGAGCGGCCACGGGCGGCCGGCGACGGACCUCGGCCCGGUCCACGGCAGCCAGACGCUCCAGCACCAAAACCAACAGAACCUGCAGGCCGCCCAGUCGUCCCACUACGACUACGAGUACCAGCACCUGGCCCACCGUCCGCCGGACACGGCCAACAACACGGCGCAGCGGACACACGGCAGACAAGGUAUGUUUCUGGAUGAAUUUCUCACUGGCUAUGAAUUUCCCCAACGCUUCCUCCUGGAAGGAGUCACGCCAACGGCACCACCGGAUGUUCCGCCGCGUAAUCCGACAAUGAGUCGCAUGCAAAAUGGUCGUUUAACCGUUAACAAUCCCAAUGACGCUGACUUUGAGCCAUCUUGUUUGGUGCGAACGCCAUCGGGCAACGUUUACAUUCCUAGUGGAAAUCUAAACAUCAACAAGGGAUCACCCAUCGACUUCAAGAGCGGCUCGGCCUGCUCCACACCCACGAAGGAUACGCUGAAGGGCUACGAGCGGAGCACGCAGGGCUGCAUGGGUCCUGUGCUGCCGCCGCGCAGCGUCAUGAACGGACUGCCCGCACACCACUACUCGGCGCCGAUGAACUUCCGCAAGGACCUGGUCGCGCGCUGCUCCUCGCCGUGGUUCGGUAUAGGAUCCAUCUCGGUGCUCUUCGCCUUCGUGGUUAUGCUAAUCCUGCUGACCACCACCGGCGUUAUAAAAUGGAACCAGUCGCCACCCUGCUCCGUUCUAGUCGGCAACGAGGCCUCUGAGGUCACGGCUGCCAAGAGCACGAACACUGACCUCUCCAAGCUGCACAACUCAUCGGUGCGAGCGAAGAACGGACAAGGAAUCGGACUGGCCCAGGGACAAUCGGGACUCGGAGCCGCAGGCGUGGGAUCCGGCGGUGGAUCUUCGGCGGCCACUGUGACGACGGCCACCUCGAACAGCGGCACCGCACAAGGACUGCAGUCGACGUCGGCCUCCGCGGAGGCCACGUCCUCGGCGGCCACGUCUUCCUCCCAAUCCUCGCUAACGCCUUCGCUGUCCUCGUCCCUGGCGAAUGCCAAUAAUGGAGGAGCCCGAACAUUCCCUGCACGCAGCUUCCCACCGGACGGCACCACCUUUGGCCAGAUUACUCUCGGCCAGAAGCUAACCAAGGAGAUCCAGCCGUACAGCUACUGGAACAUGCAGUUUUACCAGUCGGAACCUGCCUACGUUAAGUUCGACUACACGAUUCCGAGGGGCGCCUCCAUCGGUGUGUACGGCCGACGCAACGCCCUGCCCACCCACACGCAGUACCACUUUAAGGAAGUGCUUAGCGGAUUUAGUGCCAGCACACGAACGGCCCGGGCCGCUCACCUGUCGAUAACGCGGGAGGUGACACGCUAUAUGGAGCCGGGGCACUGGUUCGUCUCGCUCUACAACGACGACGGGGACGUGCAGGAACUGACCUUCUACGCGGCCGUAGCCGAGGACAUGACCCAAAACUGUCCCAACGGCUGCUCCGGCAACGGUCAGUGCCUGCUGGGACACUGCCAGUGCAACCCCGGCUUCGGGGGCGACGACUGCAGCGAGAGCGUGUGCCCCGUACUGUGCUCCCAACAUGGCGAGUACACCAACGGGGAGUGCAUCUGUAACCCGGGUUGGAAGGGCAAGGAGUGCUCCCUGCGUCACGACGAGUGCGAGGUGGCCGACUGCAGUGGGCACGGCCACUGUGUCAGUGGAAAAUGCCAAUGCAUGCGCGGCUACAAGGGCAAAUUCUGCGAAGAAGUGGACUGCCCACAUCCGAACUGCUCAGGCCACGGAUUCUGCGCCGAUGGCACUUGCAUAUGCAAGAAGGGCUGGAAGGGACCUGACUGCGCAACCAUGGACCAGGAUGCGCUGCAGUGCCUCCCCGACUGUUCCGGCCACGGCACCUUCGACCUGGACACACAGACCUGUACCUGCGAGGCAAAGUGGAGUGGGGACGACUGUUCCAAGGAGCUGUGCGACUUGGACUGCGGUCAGCACGGACGUUGUGAAGGUGACGCUUGUGCAUGCGACCCGGAGUGGGGCGGCGAGUAUUGCAACACCCGUUUGUGCGACGUCCGUUGUAACGAGCAUGGCCAGUGCAAGAAUGGUACUUGUCUGUGCGUUACUGGAUGGAACGGAAAGCACUGCACCAUCGAGGGCUGUCCCAAUAGCUGCGCCGGGCAUGGACAGUGCCGUGUAAGCGGCGAGGGUCAAUGGGAGUGCCGCUGCUACGAGGGCUGGGACGGGCCGGACUGCGGGAUUGCACUGGAGUUGAACUGUGGCGACAGCAAGGACAACGACAAGGAUGGCUUGGUUGAUUGCGAGGAUCCCGAGUGCUGUGCCAGCCACGUAUGCAAGACCUCCCAACUAUGUGUUUCAGCUCCGAAGCCCAUUGAUGUGCUGCUCAGAAAGCAGCCGCCAGCUAUUACGGCCUCCUUCUUUGAGCGGAUGAAGUUCCUCAUCGACGAGAGCAGCCUGCAAAACUACGCCAAACUGGAAACCUUUAACGAAAGCAUUUUUUGGAAUUAUUUCAAUGCAAGUCGAUCAGCGGUGAUCAGAGGCCGCGUUGUUACAUCUCUGGGCAUGGGCCUGGUGGGUGUGCGAGUGUCCACCACCACGCUCCUGGAGGGCUUCACCCUGACCCGAGACGAUGGAUGGUUCGACCUAAUGGUUAACGGUGGUGGAGCCGUGACGCUGCAGUUCGGACGCGCACCUUUCCGACCGCAGUCGCGCAUCGUGCAAGUUCCAUGGAACGAAGUGGUCAUCAUUGACUUGGUCGUCAUGAGUAUGUCCGAGGAAAAGGGAUUGGCCGUAACUACGACACACACAUGCUUUGCACACGACUACGACUUGAUGAAGCCCGUGGUGCUGGCUUCGUGGAAGCACGGAUUCCAGGGAGCCUGUCCCGAUCGCAGCGCCAUUCUGGCUGAAUCUCAGGUGAUUCAGGAGUCGUUGCAGAUCCCGGGUACAGGCCUCAACCUGGUUUACCACUCAUCGCGUGCUGCCGGCUACCUGUCCACUAUUAAGCUGCAGUUAACUCCGGAUGUGAUUCCGACAUCGCUACAUCUAAUCCAUCUCCGCAUAACAAUCGAGGGAAUACUGUUUGAACGAAUAUUUGAAGCAGAUCCGGGCAUUAAGUUCACGUACGCCUGGAACCGACUUAACAUCUACCGGCAACGAGUCUACGGUGUAACCACGGCCGUGGUGAAGGUUGGCUACCAGUACACCGACUGCACUGACAUUGUGUGGGACAUCCAAACAACUAAGCUAAGCGGUCACGACAUGUCCAUCUCGGAAGUGGGUGGGUGGAACCUGGACAUCCAUCACCGCUACAACUUCCACGAGGGAAUCCUGCAAAAGGGCGACGGCUCAAACAUAUAUCUGCGCAAUAAGCCGCGAAUCAUCCUGACCACAAUGGGAGAUGGCCACCAGCGCCCUCUGGAGUGUCCCGACUGCGACGGUCUGGCGACAAAGCAGCGACUACUGGCACCCGUCGCCCUGGCCGCCGCUCCUGACGGCAGCCUUUUCGUCGGUGAUUUCAAUUACAUCCGCCGCAUCAUGACCGACGGCAGCAUCCGCACUGUGGUCAAGCUGAAUGCGACUCGCGUCUCGUACCGCUACCACAUGGCCCUCAGCCCGCUCGACGGAACUCUUUAUGUUUCGGAUCCAGAAUCACACCAAAUCAUUCGGGUACGCGACACCAACGACUACUCGCAACCGGAACUAAACUGGGAAGCAGUUGUGGGCUCCGGGGAGCGCUGUCUUCCUGGUGACGAAGCGCACUGCGGCGAUGGGGCACUGGCCAAGGAUGCCAAAUUGGCUUAUCCGAAAGGCAUUGCGAUUUCGAGCGACAACAUCUUGUACUUUGCAGACGGAACUAAUAUCCGUAUGGUGGACCGGGAUGGAAUUGUAAGCACUCUGAUCGGCAACCACAUGCACAAGUCCCACUGGAAACCAAUUCCCUGCGAGGGAACCCUGAAGCUGGAGGAGAUGCAUCUUCGCUGGCCCACUGAGCUGGCAGUCUCCCCGAUGGACAACACGUUGCACAUAAUCGACGACCACAUGAUCCUGCGCAUGACACCAGACGGUCGUGUGCGCGUCAUCUCCGGCCGGCCUCUACAUUGCGCCACAGCCUCCACUGCCUACGAUACGGAUCUGGCUACCCACGCCACCCUGGUGAUGCCGCAGUCUAUCGCGUUCGGUCCACUCGGUGAGCUUUACGUGGCAGAAAGCGACUCGCAACGAAUAAACCGGGUGCGCGUGAUCGGCACGGACGGAAGGAUCGCUCCGUUUGCUGGUGCCGAAUCCAAGUGCAAUUGCCUGGAGCGGGGAUGCGACUGCUUCGAGGCGGAACACUACCUGGCCACCAGUGCCAAGUUCAACACGAUCGCCGCCCUGGCUGUCACACCCGAUAGCCAUGUACACAUCGCGGACCAGGCCAACUACCGUAUUCGAUCCGUUAUGUCGAGCAUCCCAGAGGCAAGUCCGUCGCGCGAGUACGAGAUCUACGCACCUGACAUGCAGGAGAUAUACAUUUUCAACCGAUUCGGACAGCACGUGUCCACACGCAACAUCUUGACCGGAGAGACGACCUACGUGUUUACCUACAACGUAAACACCUCCAACGGAAAACUGAGCACCGUAACAGACGCGGCUGGCAACAAAGUGUUCCUGCUUCGAGAUUACACCUCUCAGGUCAAUUCCAUCGAGAACACGAAGGGUCAAAAGUGCCGCCUGCGCAUGACCAGGAUGAAAAUGCUGCACGAGCUGAGCACUCCAGACAACUACAAUGUGACCUACGAAUAUCACGGCCCCACCGGUCUGCUGCGAACUAAGCUGGACUCCACCGGACGAUCCUAUGUGUACAACUACGAUGAGUUUGGUCGCCUCACUUCCGCAGUGACUCCCACCGGUCGUGUCAUCGAGCUCAGCUUCGACCUGAGCGUGAAGGGAGCCCAGGUGAAGGUUUCGGAAAACGCCCAGAAGGAAAUGUCUCUGCUGAUCCAAGGUGCCACCGUUAUUGUGCGCAACGGAGCCGCCGAGUCGCGUACCACCGUUGACAUGGACGGCUCCACCACAAGCAUCACUCCAUGGGGCCACAACCUCCAGAUGGAGGUGGCACCUUACACCAUUCUGGCAGAACAAAGUCCACUGCUGGGCGAGAGCUACCCGGUCCCGGCUAAGCAACGCACCGAAAUUGCUGGUGACUUGGCCAACAGGUUUGAGUGGCGCUACUUUGUACGUCGCCAGCAGCCGCUGCAAGCGGGAAAACAGAGCAAGGGACCGCCACGUCCCGUAACCGAAGUUGGACGCAAGCUGCGCGUAAACGGAGACAACGUGUUGACCUUGGAGUACGACCGCGAAACCCAGUCGGUGGUCGUUAUGGUAGACGACAAGCAGGAGCUGCUUAACGUGACCUACGAUCGCACUUCCCGCCCCAUCAGCUUCCGACCGCAGUCCGGCGACUACGCAGACGUGGACUUGGAGUACGAUCGAUUCGGACGUCUGGUCAGUUGGAAGUGGGGUGUCCUGCAAGAAGCCUACUCUUUCGAUCGCAAUGGCCGUCUGAACGAGAUCAAGUACGGCGAUGGCUCAACAAUGGUCUACGCAUUCAAGGACAUGUUUGGCUCGUUACCGCUGAAGGUGACUACGCCUAGACGCUCUGAUUAUCUCCUUCAGUACGAUGAUGCAGGUGCCCUCCAGAGCCUGACGACCCCUCGUGGCCACAUUCACGCAUUCUCCCUGCAAACUUCUCUUGGCUUCUUUAAGUACCAAUACUAUUCGCCGAUCAACCGACACCCCUUCGAGAUUCUAUAUAACGACGAAGGACAGAUCUUGGCCAAGAUCCACCCGCACCAAUCUGGCAAGGUGGCUUUCGUACAUGACACUGCCGGACGACUGGAGACCAUCCUCGCAGGAUUGUCCAGCACCCACUAUACCUACCAGGAUACAACUAGCCUGGUGAAGUCUGUGGAGGUGCAGGAGCCGGGCUUCGAGUUGCGCCGAGAGUUUAAAUACCAUGCCGGUAUCCUGAAGGACGAGAAGUUGCGCUUCGGCUCCAAGAACUCGCUGGCCUCGGCGCACUACAAGUACGCCUACGACGGAAACGCCCGACUCAGCGGCAUCGAGAUGGCCAUCGACGAUAAGGAAUUACCAACCACGCGGUACAAGUACAGCCAAAACUUGGGUCAACUGGAGGUCGUGCAGGACCUGAAGAUCACGCGCAACGCUUUUAACCGAACAGUCAUACAGGACUCAGCCAAACAAUUCUUCGCCAUCGUGGACUACGACCAGCAUGGACGGGUUAAGAGCGUGCUAAUGAACGUGAAGAACAUUGAUGUGUUCCGCCUGGAGUUGGACUACGAUCUUCGCAACCGUAUCAAGUCGCAAAAGACGACCUUCGGUAGAUCGACGGCCUUUGACAAGAUUAACUACAAUGCCGACGGCCAUGUUGUUGAGGUCCUGGGCACCAACAACUGGAAGUAUCUGUUCGACGAGAACGGCAACACUGUUGGCGUGGUUGACCAGGGUGAGAAGUUCAACCUGGGCUACGACAUCGGAGACCGGGUGAUCAAGGUAGGCGAUGUGGAGUUCAACAACUACGAUGCCCGCGGCUUCGUUGUGAAGCGCGGUGAGCAAAAGUACCGUUAUAACAACCGCGGACAACUGAUUCACUCGUUCGAAAGGGAACGUUUCCAGAGCUGGUACUACUACGACGACCGCAGCCGCCUGGUGGCGUGGCAUGACAACAAGGGUAACACCACGCAGUACUACUACGCCAAUCCUCGCACUCCUCACCUCGUGACCCACGUUCACUUCCCCAAGAUCAGCCGCACCAUGAAGCUGUUCUACGAUGACCGCGACAUGCUAAUCGCUCUGGAGCAUGAGGACCAGCGCUACUACGUUGCCACCGACCAGAACGGCUCGCCACUAGCCUUCUUUGAUCAGAAUGGCAGCAUUGUCAAGGAAAUGAAGCGAACGCCCUUCGGCCGAAUCAUUAAGGACACUAAGCCGGAGUUCUUUGUGCCCAUCGACUUCCACGGCGGCCUGAUCGACCCACACACCAAGCUGGUGUACACCGAGCAGCGGCAGUACGACCCGCACGUAGGUCAAUGGAUGACUCCGCUGUGGGAGACGCUCGCCACGGAGAUGUCACACCCGACGGAUGUGUUUAUCUACCGCUACCACAACAACGACCCCAUCAACCCGAACAAACCCCAAAACUAUAUGAUCGAUCUGGAUUCCUGGCUCCAGUUAUUCGGCUACGACUUGAACAACAUGCAAAGCAGCCGCUACACCAAGCUGGCCCAGUAUACGCCGCAGGCCUCCAUCAAGUCAAACACGUUGGCCCCUGACUUUGGCGUCAUCUCCGGCCUGGAGUGUAUCGUGGAAAAAACAAGCGAGAAGUUCAGUGACUUUGACUUUGUGCCCAAGCCGCUGCUGAAAAUGGAGCCAAAGAUGCGCAACUUGCUGCCGCGUGUCAGCUACCGGCGCGGUGUGUUUGGCGAAGGUGUACUCCUCUCGAGAAUCGGCGGACGGGCAUUGGUUAGCGUGGUCGACGGAUCAAACAGCGUGGUGCAGGACGUAGUGAGCAGCGUGUUCAACAACUCAUACUUCCUUGACCUGCACUUCAGCAUCCACGACCAAGACGUAUUUUACUUCGUAAAGGAUAAUGUCCUGAAACUGCGUGAUGACAACGAGGAGCUGCGUCGCCUUGGCGGCAUGUUCAACAUAUCAACACAUGAAAUCAGCGACCACGGAGGCAGCGCCGCUAAGGAGCUGCGACUUCAUGGCCCCGACGCCGUUGUCAUUAUCAAAUAUGGCGUUGAUCCCGAGCAGGAGCGCCACCGCAUCCUAAAGCAUGCUCACAAGCGAGCAGUGGAGCGGGCUUGGGAGUUGGAGAAGCAGCUCGUGGCUGCCGGCUUCCAAGGGCGUGGCGACUGGACCGAGGAGGAGAAAGAGGAGCUCGUCCAGCACGGUGACGUCGACGGCUGGAACGGAAUCGAUAUCCACAGCAUACACAAGUAUCCGCAGCUGGCCGACGACCCCGGUAACGUGGCUUUCCAGCGGGACGCGAAGCGGAAGCGACGCAAGACCGGUAGCAGCCAUCGGAGUGCCUCCAACCGCCGCCAGCUCAAGUUCGGCGAGCUGAGUGCGUGAGUGGAGGCGUAUAGAGAGAAGCUGGUGGCGGAGGCGGAGCCAGAGGAGAGUGACAUGACCGACGAAGAAUACGGUGACCAGGAGGACUACCUAAUUGCCGUGGGCAAAAAGGAGCCAAGGGACAGCAGUGAGGCACUGGACGAGCAGAUUUUGUAAUUAGGUGAAAUGCGCAACAGCGACCACAAGAAAAACAACAGCACAACUCUCGAUGACACAACACAAAAUAAGACAACAAAAAAAAAAAACAAAGGACAAGCAUCAAGCAUUGAACACACUAAUUAAUAUAAACUUUAAUCAUGCUUAAAG